AUGGAUCUGUGGAAUCCGACUCGAACAAAUCCAAUUUUGAUCGUAUGCUAUACAAAUCAUGCUUUGGACCAAUUUUUGGAAGGUGUUUUGAAGGAUCUGAUCGAUGACGGACGUUACGAUGAUGAGAAACCAAGUAUUAUUCGACUUGGCUCACGCUGUAGAAGUGAAACUUUGUUGAAAUAUACAAAACGGCAGAUAACCGAUGAAUUUGAACAUUUGAUUCCACGUCUGAUGAAACAGAAGGUUUGUUUUAGUCUUAACUGUAUGUAA